GUUCCGCGGGGUGGGAGCCGUCCGGCCGCGCGAUGCAUUGUGGGCGCGAUUGAGGAAGUAAAAUGGCGGACCUAGCGAACGAAGAAAAACCUGCCAUUGCUCCACCUGUCUUUGUAUUUCAGAAGGAUAAAGCACAGAAGAGAUCAGCAGAUGGAUCAAGUCCAGAAGAUGGAGAUGAGUCUGAUCGAGAGGAUGGGAGCUACUGUCCACCUGUAAAGCGUGAGAGAACUUCAUCCUUAACUCAGUUCCCUCCUUCUCAGUCAGUAACAAAGAACAACGUUUUUAUGCCAUCAAGCUUCUGUGAACCCUCUACAGGCAAUUCUGACUCAGAACCAGAGGAGAAGAGCAGUGGAUUCAGGCUGAAGCCACCAAUACUUAUCCAUGGCCAGGCACCAAGUGCAGGUCUCCCAAGCCAGAAGCCCAAGGAGCAGCAACGCAGCGUCCUACGUCCUGCAGUCCUACAGGCACCACAGCCCAAAGCUUUCUCCCAGAUGGUUCUUAGCAGUGGCACCAAUGGUGUAAAUAUCCUGCCAGAUUCUGCAACCACAUCAGAGUCACUAAGUAAUGCAACACUGAAAAGUUCUGACUGUGAAGACAAGUCACAGGCAGGAGAAUGUCAGAAAAAAGUCUCCAACAAUACUUCAGAUGAUGACAGCUCUGAGAAGGCAGAACUAAAUGCACAGCAAGCCUUUGUAUUUGGGCAAAACUUAAGAGAUAGAGUUAAGCUGGGAGAUGAAAGUGAUGAAACUGCUGAUGUGCAGAAUGCUGACCUUCCUGCAUCAGAUGUACCUUCUGCAACAAAUUACUUUCUACAAUACAUCAGUUCCAGUGUAGAGAACUCCACAAACAGUGCAGAGGCAUCUAGCAACAAAUUUGUUUUUGGACAGAACAUGAGUGAGCGAGUCCUAAGUCCACCAAAAUCAAAUGAAGGUAAUACAGAGAAUAAUAAGGAGAAUGCUGCUACAGAGUCUGGGUCUGAAUCAUCUUCUCAGGAAGCCACACCAGAGAAAGCUAAUAAUAUUUCAGAGUCACUGGCAGAGUCUGCAGCAGCCUAUACUAAAGCAACAGCAAGGAAAUGUUUAUUAGCAAAGGUGGAAGUGAUAACUGGAGAGGAAGCUGAAAGUAAUGUGUUGCAGAUUCAGUGCAAGCUGUUUGUAUUUGAUAAAAAUGCUCAGUCUUGGGUGGAAAGAGGUCGAGGACUCCUGAGACUCAAUGACAUGGCCUCAACAGAGGAUGGAACAUUACAGUCUCGACUGGUGAUGAGGACUCAGGGGAGCCUCAGGUUAAUCCUGAACACCAAACUCUGGGCUCAGAUGCAGAUUGAUAAAGCCAGUGAGAAGAGUAUCCGGAUCACUGCCAUGGACACAGAGGACCAGGGAGUUAAAGUUUUUCUUAUAUCAGCCAGCUCUAAGGACACAGGGCAGUUGUUUGCUGCAUUGCACCACAGGAUCCUGGCCUUGAGGAGUCGAGUGGAACAGGAGCAGGAAGUCAAGGAUGCAGCACCCGAGCCCGAGGUGACACAAUCCAACGAGGAGGACAGUGAUGAUGAUGAUGUCAUUGCACCUUCAGGAUCAGCUGGAAGUGGUCCUAAUGAUGAAGGUGAUGGGCAGAAUGUUGGCAGCACAUAGCAGAUGUGAGCCUGUCUGCUUGCAAGGCUGCUAUGAACACCAUCUUGCAGGCAUCUCUGGAUACUCCAGGCCAGCUAUAAUUUCAGGCAGUGUUGAAGGCUCCAGGACUUAAGAACUGUGCAUCCGUGUUCUGUUUGUUUGGUUUUUUUGGUCUGGAUCAGUAGAUUCCACACAAAAAAAAAAAAAGCAGACUUGGAAACUACCUGAAUGUGGUUUGGGACGUGAAAGCUCAUCAUAUUGAUGAGCCAAAAAAAAAAAAAAAAACCCUGAAAAAACAACAACAAAAAAACCCCCAACCCCAAACAUUUCCCCUCAUCCUUGUAAUUGAAAUGGCACAUUACAACUUGUCACAGCUUUUCAUUGGGACCUUUUGACUGUUUCUUCAGUAGUUCAUUUCUUGCAGGCCUCCAAGAUAGAACUUUCUGCCAUGGUUCCAACUCGAAUUCCGCUUCCAUAACCCCUGCUCCCCCUCCUGAGUUCUGCUGCCUGCAGGGAAUCAGUGUCCUCUCCAGUUCCUACGCUCACUGACUGCCCUUCUGGGUUCAUUCUCUUUUGGUUUUGUUCUUUUUUUUUGGACUGCAGAUGGGGCAGAUGAUGUUUUUACCUUUUAAUCCCAAUGUAGGUUGUGGACACCGUUGUUCCCUGUCUCUAGUGGGUUUGUAAACAGAGAGAAACAAAACAUUGUGGUUCACCAGAAAAGCUUUUUUUAAUGCAGUAAUAAGAGACUUCAAAGUCCCCAGGAUGUUUUGCUAACUCCUUUCCUUUCUUCCCAUUUUAAUUAUUUUUAUUUGGGGAUUUAUAUUGUGGUGAAACUUUUUUUAUUUUAGUUUUUUUUUUCAAGAAGAUGCUCGUGUGUUGAAAAAGUGAAACUAUUGUUUUGUACUGUUCUUUUCUGUUACUAUUUAAGGGAGAGCUAAGCCACUAUAUAUGAUAGAUGUUGCAUACAGUUUUUCUUAGAAAAUUCUGGUUCUGUGGCUACAGUGAAGCAUAGGAGGCAUACAGGUUACACCUUCAGAAAAGCUGAUGAGGAAACAGCCCUUUGAAGAAUAAAAUGGGCUCAUGUAAUGAGCUCCAUCAGCCAUGAAAAAUCUGUAAAAUAAAGCAGCUCUCAUUUAAUGGCUUGAUUCAACAAGCCAUUUAAGCACUUGCCUGACUACAUGUAGCUACAUGUGAAUAAUCUUCCUGAAGUCAAUGCAACUAUUCAUGCUUAAAAUUGAGUACAUUUUAAAAAAAACCUUGCUGAAAUUCACAACCUUAAAUAGAAAAUUAACUUCUAACCCUUGCUGUCCCUGUUCUGUUUCCUGAAGUCUUGCAGCAUGAAGAAAAAGGUAACAUUGCCAGCUUUGAAUAGUUUGGGCAGAAGGAUAUUGUAUUCUGUUCCACCAAAAUAAAAGCAAGAAUGUGUUUUCCUGUGUGUAAUUCUGAAGUUCCCCUCCUGUAACCAGAUGUCACUUUUUGCUUGGGAUGUUUUCCAACCAUUUGGGCCUUUUGUGUAAAAACUGAGUUUUGUUAUUAAAACCUACAGUAUAUUCUUGUCCAGCAAAGGUGGAAUUUGGUAGUCACCAAGAACAGUACCCAAGUCACCUUACCUAUGGAUUCCCCAAACUGUUCUGUUUCCUUUAUAAAUCCUUUACUAGCAGAUAGUCUCUCAAUUCUUUGCUCUUUCUCCUGUCAGGUAAGGAGACCUAAGAUGCACCAUUUAAAAGCAAGCUAAAGGGGAAGGAGCAUUUCAUGGAGCAGGAAUUGAAAAGUAAAAUCCAAGCUGUAGCACAAAGCAACUCUGACAUCAUUCAAACAGCAAAACAUUCCUCAUUGCCUCUGCUCUACUGAAACUGCUUUUCUUCACUGGCUCAGCCAUGCUCAGAGGUACCUCCUGGCUCUUUAACCACUGCUGGAGACUGAAGCUGGUGGGGCGGGGAGGGCUUUGCUUUUCCCCAGAGCCCUCAGAGGAACAUCUUGGUUUGCUUUUCCACAGAGUAAAAAGGGCUGAUGCUGAGUGGUGCCACUGCUUUGGUGAUUUCUCUGGGUUGUCUGCUCAUGACCUUUCUGCAUUUUGGUUUGGUUUUUUUCAACCCUGCACAGAGCAGAAGCAGAACAUGUUUCCUGAUGGCCAUCCACAAAAUUCUUUCUUUGUUACAGGCUCUGGGGAACUUCUGCAUUUUCAAAUAAACAGUCUGCAUUUUGGGUUUGUUUUUUUUUACACUGAGAUAUUCAACCUUAAACUACUCUUUUCAAACAGCCUUGCAGCCAAAAGCUACUUGUUGUCAGCAUAAAAAAAAUGAAUGAAGUGUCUUGCUCAGCAGGGCCUUCUUGUGGAGAAGCAGAUGUUAUUUCCUGGUCUCAAACUCCAUCUGGUCUCCCUUGGGGUGCUUUACCUAAAAUGAGAUGGAAGGUGCAUGAAGAUUGAGGAGAAUGGAAUAAGCAUGCUUGUUUUGAUGGGCUUAGUGGUGAGAAACUCAUCUACAGCAUUCUAAAAAAAAAAUCUGGCAAUUAUUUCAUGAGAGAAAUUUUAUUUCAGCUGGAAGCUUUACAUGUGUUUAGAGUGAAGAGGAAAAUAUUAGUGGGGACCACCAGAAGAACUGGCCAGAGACUGAGUUCAGGCCUUCCCCAAGAUGUGUCAAGCCAAAGCAGAACUCUUAUUAUUUCACUCUCUGCUUUAAGCAUUAAUAAAAUAGAGGCAAACCCAGAUAAUGUCCCUGUGUUUUGAAAGACUUGUGUAAGACUGUGACAUCCAAGUGUAUCUGGACAUUAAAACUUUUUAGCAGGAAACAAGCAAACAAGACACCCCCAGCCCUCACUCUGAGCUGUGCUGUGGCUGUUGGGAGGUUGUUGGUGUUCAGGUUCCUGCCUGCACCACCUCUGCUCUUAGGGUUGUUGUUGGUGUCUGGAUGUUGUUCUCAAUUACUGUGUGACUUGUCUGGCUGCUGACUGAUGUGGACAUAACUUUUCAAGUUUUCCAGGAAAAAAAAAACCAAAACACAACUGAAGAGUUGAGCACAUCUGAUAGGGAAAAUGUUGCAAGAAUGGUUGUGUUAGUAAAAGCAGAAGUAAACCUCUUAUCCAUAAAAUUAAAAAUAAAAUUCUAUCCAGAGGUAAUACAAGCAUUAAGGUAAGAAAAUGUGCAGUUGCAACAUCUUUCUGUAGUCCCAGUUUGUGUUGCACUGCUUCAGAGAAAACAGGGCAGGGAAAGAUCCAAAUCAACUCAUCCCCAGCAGACCUCCCAUGAAACCAGGGAAGGCAGAUGUCCAAAGUGUCCAAAGUGCUAGAAGCCUGCAGGA